AUGAGUUCUGGAUUCCUCAGUCGUACAUUACUGCCGCUGCGACAGGUGUUCACAGCGCAGACUUCACAGUUGCACAGUUCGGGUGUUACAUUUGCUGCUGUGAAGAAAACUACUUCCGCCGCCGGAGGUGUUAUGGGGCUGGGGAAAGGCAAGAAAAAGGUCGGCAAGCUAGGUGCUAUGGAAAAGAAAGAAAUGCCUGUAGAGAGCGACCCACAUAAGCUUGUCAACUAUGUAUGUGGCUCCAACAUCUAUACCACAGGGGAGGACAUCAAGUUGCAGGAGGACGGCGCGUACCCCGCGUGGCUGUGGGCGCUGCGCACGCGCGCGCCCGCGCUGCACGAGCUGGCGCCCGACUCCAAGCAGUACUGGCUGCGGGUGCGCGCCGCCGCCAUGCGCCGCAACAACAAGCUGCGCUCCAUGAGGAAGUUCUAG